GCUAGAACGUCCCACGCUAGAAGGGCGACUCAGCGUUCUGGACUUUUUACACCCGUUUUCAGCGCAAAUUCUGUCCGUUGUUGGUUUCUUGGGAGGGUGUUUGCCAUUUAAGAAGAAAGAUUAGAAGAUGUGCGAAGCUUAGACGACAGAAGCGGACCCGAAACUGCACAAGAGACGAGUGUCAGUCCCGUUUGUUUUUGUCCGACUCCGAGUGCAGACUGAAGAGUUGAAACGUCUGUGGUAGGCCGCGGCCGUAGGAUACUAGUAAUUUCUUCAGUCUUGGAAAAACCUUGAGAAACCAUGUCUCAGCAGCAGGGGAGGGCACGCGGCCGGGCACGAGGCAGGGGGAGGGGGGCAACCAACGAGCCUGCGCCUCGCAGACCAGGCACUCAGGCACCUCAGCAAGGACCACCCGGGGUACAGGUGGCUCAACCAAUGACAGGGCAGGGUGGUGUUAGGCCACCAAUGGCAGCUCAAGGUGGACCGCCAAUGGGAGCGCAGUAUGCAGUAGGUCAACUAAUGGCAGCUCAGGGUGGACCACCAAUGGGAGCGCAGUAUGUGGUAGGCCCGCCAAUUGGAGCACAGGUUGGGCCACCAAUCGGUGCUCAGGCUGGACCCCCAAUGGGAGCACAGUACAGUGUAGGCCAACCAAUGGCAGCGCAAGGUGGACCACCAAUGGGAGUGCAGUAUGCUGUAGUUCCACCAAUAGGAGCAGAGGGUGGAGCUGGACAACCAAUGGCUGCCCCUUCUACUGGGAGAGCACGUCAAAGGGGAGGGGCAACUGCCAGAGCACCUGGAGCACCGCCAACCUCUGAACUGGAAGCCCUUACCCUGGGGGAGAAGCCUGGGGGUGGGGGUGCAAGGAGGCGGCGGGGUGGGGUAGUCGUGGAGGAACCCCAUACCAGACCUGGGAACUUGCUGAACAAGAAAGGUACUACGGGAAACAAAGUCAGCAUGAUCACCAACUUCUUCAAGGUGAAGCCGAAGCCCCAGUGGGUGCUGUUCCAGUACCACGUGGACUUCUCUCCGGAGGUCGACCACCGCAAGGCUCGGAUAGCCAUGGUGUACGGCCAGGAGGCUCUGUUAGGGGAUACCAAGCUCUUUGAUGGGAUGAUACUGUUUUUACCCAAGAGACUGGAAAAUGAUCAAACGGUUGUCUACACCAAGCGCAAGACAGAUGACGCAGAUAUCCGCAUCACGAUCACGCUGACCAACGAGGUCCCGCCGACAUCGCCGCUCUGCCUCCAGAUCUACAACAUCCUCUUCCGCAAAUUCCUGAAGAACAUUGGCAUGCAGGAGAUCAACAGGAACUACUACAACCCUGGUCUGAAGGUGGCAGUGGAACGUCACAAACUUGAAGUGUGGCCAGGGUUUGUGACCUCCAUUCUACAGUACGAGUCGAAGACCCUCCUGAUGGCGGACGUCUCACACAAGAUCAUGCGUACCGACACCGUGCUCGACCUCAUGUACGACCUGUUCCACCAGCAUCCGCGCGACUUCUACGAGCAGGCCACCAAGAUGCUCGUGGGAGAAAUCGUCCUCACCAGAUACAACAACCAGACCUACCGUAUUGACGACAUCAGUUGGGAGGAGCAUCCCUCCGACAAGUUCCGCAUGUCGGAUGGGUCGGAUAUCAGCUUCCUGGAGUACUACGAGAGGCAGUACAACCGCAAGAUCGAAGACAAGGACCAACCACUGCUGCUCAGCCGGGCCAAGAAGAAGACCAAGGAGGGUGAAGUCCAGAUCCUGAAGCUGAUUCCUGAGCUCUGCACUCUGACAGGUUUGACGGAGGAAGCUCGAAAGAACUUCCAAGUGAUGAAGGACAUUGCUGUGCACACUCGCAUCACUCCCGACCGGAGGAGCGCCACGCUGCAGCGGUUCAUCAACCAGCUCAACAGCAAUGCUGACGUGCAGAAGGACAUGAGGGGGUGGCAGAUUGAGUUCGACCAGAACCUGCUCGCACUGGAGGGACGAACCCUGCCGAAGGAGAAGCUCUUCUGUCGGGAUGGACAAGAUCUUGACUUCAAGCGUGAGAGCGCCGACUGGUCCCGGGAGCUGCGGAGCCGUGCCCUGCUCAGCACCAAGCCGCUGAAGGAGUGGCUCCUCAUCUUCUCCAAGCGGGACUCCCAGAACGCCAGCGACUUCCUGCGCGCCCUGUGCCAAGUGGGACCUGCCAUGGACAUGCAGAUUCACAACCCCAUGAUGGUUGACAUCCCAAAUGAUCGUACAGACAGCUACCUGCGUGCCAUGAAACAACUGAUCAAGCCAGACGUCACUCAGAUGGUUGUGUGCAUCUUAGGAAAUCCAAGAAAGGACACCUACGAUGCCAUUAAGAAGUUCUGCUGUGUGGAGCACCCCGUGCCGAGCCAGGUGAUCGUGAGUCGUACUCUGAACAAGAAGCCCAUGUUGAUGUCCGUGGCCACCAAGAUCGGCAUGCAGCUCAACUGUAAAAUGGGAGGGGAGCUCUGGGCCGUGGAGAUCCCGUUGACAAGCCUGAUGGUGGUCGGCAUUGACGUGUACCACGACUCGCUGACCAAGGGCCAGUCGGUUGGGGGGUUCGUGGCCUCGAUGAACCGGCACCUGACGCGCUGGUACUCCCGCUGUACCUUCCACCAGCACAGCGGGCAGGAGCUUAUCGAUGGGCUCAAGCACUGUCUAGUGGCAUCCCUGAGGCACUACCAGACGAUAAACAAGGAGUUUCCACAGCGGAUCAUCUUCUACCGGGAUGGAGUCGGGGACGGACAGCUGGAGGCAGUGCUGGAACAUGAGCUGCCCCAGAUCAUCGACACCUUCAAGUCUGUUGAGGGAUACGAGCCAAAGAUCACCUUCAUCAUCGUGAAGAAGCGGAUCAACACGCGGUUCUUUGCUCGCGCCGGGCCCGGCCUGCAGAACCCACCACCAGGCACCAUCGUCGACGACGAGGUCACCAGGCCUGAAUGGUAUGACUACUUCCUGGUGUCCCAGUCUGUGCGCCAGGGCACAGUGACUCCCUGCCACUACAACGUGGUGUGGGACACCUCCGGCCUCAAGCCUGAUCACAUCCAGAGGCUCACCUACAAGCUCUGCCACCUCUACUACAACUGGCCGGGCACCAUCCGAGUCCCCGCUCCGUGCCAGUAUGCGCACAAGCUGGCCUUCCUGGUGGGACAGAGCAUCCACACCUCGCCGUCCGAAAACCUGGCGCAGACACUGUUCUUCCUGUAGGUCACAGGUCACGACCCAGGGCAAAGGGCGGAGGUCAUGAGCUUGCAGAACAUUCCAUACCAUUUUGCCAUUUGACAAUCUGGAAAAAAACACUGUUCUUCCACUAUAUUGUCACAGGUUGUGACCUAAAGUAAGGGGAAAAGGUUAGGCACAUUAGCUAACUCAUGUUCCUAACAGAACAUAACAUCCAUGCUAUGCCAUCUGAAACCUACCCAAACACUAUCUUUUCACAACAUAGGGCUUUAUACACAACCAUUCACUCACUCAAUGUUGCAAAGGUAAUUGUUGUCUUAAGUAAAAUGAAAGCUUUUAACUCUGUUGUCUUAAAUAAAAUGAAAGCUUUUAACUCCGUCCAAAGUACAUGUAUUACAAAUGUAUGUACAAACUACAACUGUCUGUUUCUAAGAAGACAUAUUUUUGACAAGAGAGAUGCCUUCCUGGCAAGAUAUUUUUAAGAAAAGUGUGAUCCAGCAUAGAAAUUUUACAUGGAAUAACGGCGCCUUUUAGUCAUUGCACACCUACUAUAGUAUAACCUUUUGAAUUCAGUGUAUUUUGUUACAAACUCAGGGUUACAAUGUGUAUCAACAAAGUGGAUCCUCAAGUCCUGGCUAAUAUUUUUGGUUAUACAUGUAUUUGCUUCUAACAUUCCUAACACAGGUUAUCCCAGAUAUGGACUUACUGUGUAGGAUGGACUACCAAUGUACUAGUUAUGUUUUAGAGUUGAAAUUAGAAAAACAUUGUAUUCUUUGUUGUCAGACACCUUUUUUUUAUCCUGUUACUUGCAAUUAGCCUUUGGGCAUGAACUUGCAAUUAUAAACUUUGUUGUCUUUUUUUAAUGAUGUUCGGCCACACCAAUUUAAUUUGUUGGUUUUCGGUAGAAAAAAAAAGAGAUGUGGUAAACUAGAAAAACAUUAUACAAGCAAAGCCAGAGGACCAGGCUUGUGCCUUGGUGCACUCAGUUUUAUGGAGUGAAUACAGUCAUAUUGAAGUUUCCUUCCUGCCUUCUGCUUUUAUGAUGUCAUCUACACUUUCACAUGAAAUUGUCCGAGAACAAAGGAAAUAAAUUGGUGUGACGGCUGUGGCCUUAGGUCAAAUAGGCAAGUACUAAAUGAAAGGUGUUAAAAUCUUUGAUAUAGUACUUAUUCUAUUAAUCACACGUUUAUGUUUUAACCACACCACAUGUUAUAAUGUUUAGAAAGUUGUCAUGUCUCUUGGGUUUGGUAACUCAGGUUGUUUUUGCCAAUAGCACUGACAUGUUAGUGUUUUGUUUUCAUGCAAGUUCAAGGAAGGUUGUAUCUUCAAGAUCAUGAGAUGUUAGCCCCCAACAGGCCUUCCUAUGUUGAUUGGGGAUACGGAUCGCAAAGUUUGCAAUUACUGCUAAUCUCCAAGCAGACCUUGUGGUGGUGUAACAGUGGGGUUCAAGUGCUGCCAAACCAACUGACUACACCAACAGCUCUUAGCUUUCGGUGUUGUGGUUUGCACGUUAGAUUUGUGAUCCGGCUGCCCAGGUUCGAAUCCUGGGAGUCGAGAUAUUGUUUCUUUGUGUUCCUGUACUCCCCUGUUGUUUCACUGGUUCCCAAACCGGGAAUCAAACUGGGGCCUUGGCAGUGAGAGUGCCAAAUCCUAACCACUAGACCAUAUUUGUGAUCCGCACCUCUGCUUGCAGAGUAUAGCAUGGGACUUUUUCUUACUAUGUUCUUUCAAAACUAGUACUAGUAUUCUGUUUUACUUUCAUUGUAGUGAUUUUUAGUCUUGAGUAUCUGAGUUUUGGAUGAUUAGUUGUGAAAAGGUGUUUUUUUUUUUCAAUUUUAGAAAUCUUUUAGUUUAACACUUUAACCCACCAUGUUUGAUAGUCAUGUAGAGUUGGUCUUCUGUUCCAUCUAUACAUUAUUGAUUAACACCUAUUUGCUAACUAGUGAAAUUAGUCAAAGUGUUGGUUUUUUGCCAUACAUUGUACCUGCAUACAAUUGUUGUGCAAUAAAGUUUUAUCUCAUGAGUA